AGGACAAGAGAACAAUAAAAUAAAAAUAGAGGGAACAAAGGCACUUCUUCACUAAAGAGAUCCCAAAUGGAAUCAUCAAAGCCAUAUAGAGCAAGCAAAAGGGUUGCCGAUUCAACAAAAGCGCAAGCAGAAACCGAGCUUUCGAACGCACGAAAAGCAGUCCGAGAUCUCGCUCUAAAGAUCGAACAAACAAACUCAAGAGCCAAGGUAAUGAAAGAGAAGCAACCGAAAAACCAAAAACGGUAUGAACAAGAACACGAAGAUUAUCGGUAUGCACAAGUAGUGAAAGAAGUCGAACAAAUCACACGCGAAAUGAACAAACUAAAGCUCGAUAUGACAAACGUUCUGACGGAAAAAAGACACGCGGGUAACAUAUUCAAAGCCUUGAGUUCUAAAAGAUCCACACUCUUAAGCGCGGUGGAAAGAAUCAAAAAAGAGAUUGAAGGAAUCGACGAAGAGCAUGUUCUUGUCGAAUUAGCACGAAUCGAAGCGGUUAAAGAACAACAAGUCAUUGAAGCUCAGCGGAAAGAAGAAGCGAAUCGCUACCAAAAAGAGUUGGAAGAAGUUAGAAAGAAAGCCAAAGAGGUUGACCAACAGAACGAACUCGAACUCGAACAAGAGCUUCAAGUAACGCUUUAUAACGUUAACUUGUUAGAGAACGAACUCGCUCGCGUUAAAGCACCAAAAGGGAGCCGUCCCGGUUUGUUACAAACGCUCACAAACGAACUAGAAACCGCAAAAACCGAACUUGCCAAUAUUAAAACGGAAGGUUUUAACUUUAUGGCAUCCAUGGAUGUAAUCAGAAACGAGCUUAAACGCGUUCGAGAAGAAAAAUCGCCUUUACAGAAACAAGACGAGAAACGCGAGUUAACGGUUGAAACUCUAAAUUCAAAGAUAUUAAAAGAAAAGGCGAAACUGGAAUCGAUUAAAAUGACCACGGAGAAAGCUAACUCGGUUGCAUCAAAUCUAUCGGUCACAGUCGAACAACUAAGAGCGGAAACCGAGACAACAAAGAAAGAAACCGAGCUAAUCGUUAACGAAAUCGAAAAGCUCAAGUUGGAAAUUCCUAAAACCGAGUCCGAAAUAGAAUUAUCGGAGAAAAGAUUAGAAAGCGUAAUGGACGAGCUGAAAACCGCCAAGUCGUUAGAAUCUACCGCGCUAGAGAAUUUAAAGAACCUGAUCGACUCUAUAGUUCGAGAUCGGGAGUUGACUUCUAUAAGUAAGUCAACGAUAACGAUCACUAGUUUUGAAUACGAGUAUUUAACAGGAAAGGCGGGUGGUGCGGAAGAGAUCGCGGAUAAAAAAGUUGCUGCGGCUCACGCGUGGAUGGAGGCGUUAAAAGCGAACGAAAAGGAGAUAGUGAUGAAGAUCAAAACGGCGAAAAAAGAAAUUAGAGUGGUGAGUAUGGAGGUUGAGGAUGAUGGCGGGGACGUGUAUGGAACGGAGCCAGGUGGGCGAAGGAGGACCGUCGAUGCAUCGCCUCGAAGAUCAAUGUACAAGAUUGGAAGUAUGACGCCUGGGAGGCGAGCAAGGUCGGUAAAGUUAUUAUCUCCGGCAACCCGUCAAGCGAUCAAAUCGGCUUCUUUCACGAAGAAAAAGGAAAGGGAGUCGCGGAAUUUAGGGAAGUUGUUGGACGAAAACGAUGAAAUGGGUUAGUUCAGUUAACGGGGCUACUUGAUAGUGUUACCUUAUCGACUGGUAUGGCCCGGUGGAGAUGGACAUCAGCUUCGGAUGGUUCGUUCUCAGUUAAGACGGUUAAAAAACUGUUGAAUGGGGAUCAAGUGCAGGACAACAGCUUUGUGUUGGAUUGGUGCAACUGGAUUCCCGCUAAAGUCAACAUUCACCUUUGAAGGAUGGAGAUGAAUAAGGUUCCCACAGCCGAAGCUUUAGGGAAAAGAAAUGUUGGCAUCGGCGACACGACGUGCCCUCUCUGUCAUUCUGAUGACGAAUCGGCCGAUCACUUGUUUAUUGGUUGUUACAUCGCUUCGACAGUAUGGAGUUGUAUUAGCUCUUGGUGCAAGAUUCCUAACAUUUUCGCUUUUUCCAUUCGUGAUCUUCUUUCCCUAUACAAAGACCUCGGGUUGUCGGAGAAGAAAAGAGUCGCGGUUCAAGGCAUCAUAAUGAUCACUUGCUAGAGCAUUUGGCGAGCUAGGAAUAAUGUCAAAUUUUCUAAUGCGUCGGUUAGAAUUGAAAGCAUUAUCAGCGAAAUUAAGGCUUUAAGUUUUCUUUGGUUUUCAAAUAGAUCGAGAUUUAAAGGAUUAGACUGGAAGGAUUGGAGCUCGUUUGUAAAUAUGUAAUUGUGUGUUGUUCUUUGUCGGCCCGGCUUGGGUCGUCGUUUUUCUGUUAAUGAAAUUU